GGCCACCAUAAUCAUGUAUGCAGUUAUGACCUUCGUUGUCAUCCUCAGCAUAAACUUUUGCCCCGACAUCUUUGUUGCAAGUAAUUUGUAACCUGUGAGGUCAUAAAAAAUAAUAUAUGUACAUAAUACAAUAUUUUGGUUUGUAAUAUAAGAAAAUAACUAACUUGUUGCGUUUAAAAUCAACAACAUUAGAAUCCGGCUUUCCCAUUCUUCUUUUCUUUGGGUAAUGGUGGAAAACCCACAUCCGAAAAACAGGAGGAAGUAGGACAAAUGCGGGUGUCAACGACACCAAUGAUUAUGUCUGGUGUAUGAAAUGCGUGAGAUUUCUGGUAUUCUACUGUUAGACCAAGUUGAUCCCAAUUGGUAUCAAGUUCAAUCUGACUUAAGUCACUCAUUGCUUCCACAAAGAUUGAAAUUUGUCACCUAAAAUUCCAAAAGAAUCUAUCAAUAGAUAAAUGAUUAGGUUAUUACACAAUAACUUCGCUUGUCACAUGCUAAAUCACCAAUAAGAAGCAUUCCCACCAAAUUUCUCAGUUUCAAGUUGUAUGCAAAACAAUAUGCAAUCCUACAGGGCCCUAUGGAUUAUAGAAGUAUGAAAAAAAUAUUUUCAUCACAUGCAUCUCUCGUUUAAAAUCUUGACAUUCAUUAAUUCAAUUGAACAACAAUUUAUAGAACUACUAAUAUAAGAAGAAAUUGGUAAAUUACUAUGUUUAGCGACUCAUAAGUAGAUCAAAAGGGAUGCUCUUGAUAAUCAAAAACAAGUAUAACAAUACAAUCAUCAUCCCAACAGAAACGACAACAAUACCACAUCAUCAUCUGUUUUAAGAAACCCUUCCAACUGUAUGCUUCCUAAGAACACAACAUUUCACUGAGCACAAAAAUGUUCCAAUAAGAUAGCACACAAACACCCUUCUAUAUUUUGUUAAAACACACAAGUCCACUCAUGAUUAGAAUAGAAGGACAUAAUAAAGGGGGGCCUUAGCGCACCGGUUACGAUGUGGUGGUAUUUUUGUGCCUUUUAUUCUGCACAUUCCAAUUUCACGUAAUGCACAUUUGAGGUUUAAUUUCAUUCAGCACCUUUCAAUUUCACUUAAUUCACAUUUCAGUUUAACCAAAUGCACAAUUCAAUUUCAUAUAAUAUAAUUCAACGGUCCAGAUUCACUCUCAUUUCUCUCCUGGGAGUCCUUUCUCACAGGAACCAUUCCAUAUAUGUGUGUUUAUGGGUUCAAGUCUUGGGAGCAGCCUCUUGUCAAAAUGACAAGAGAAAGCUUGCUCCUUAUACACCCUUAUUGUGGGGUUCUUCCCCGGACCCUCGCCUUGCGGGGAUGCCAAUGUACUCUAGAUAACCCUUUUUUUGUUUGGUUGUCUUUCCCAUAAUACUCGUCCACACAAAAGCCAACAUCCUCCUUCCCGAACUCAACCCAAAUUUUACCUACUUAUGAGCACUUUCACAAAACGUGGAACAAGUUCAGAGGGUUGUUCAACUUAGAAGUCUCAAUACGUCAAAAGCAAAUUUGACAUUCCAACAGAAGUGCCUUUUUCUACAUGAUAGCCCUCACCAAGGUUGACCUUGUACAAAAUCAAGCUUAAAUUUCGGAACAUGCCAUAUGAACAAAGCGAGGACUACGUAUUGAAGAUCAAAGAACACGCUUCCCAAAACUAAUAUUGUGUUAUAUGAUAUGGAAAAUAUCGUCACUUCAUACAACCAUAAAACAGGAGCUUAAAACAUCAUCCUAGUUAUUGAUUUGAACAUGAUGCUUCGAGAAGAGCUUUAAAAGAGGGACCUCAAAGGCUCAAACUCCUCUUACUCAUGGAAUGACCGACUUAGAGAAAGGAUUGUUCGGACUAGAUCCUCAAACAAACAAUAGCAAUAGAUUUCAUAGAAGAGGGAGAAGAAAGCAACACUUAUUUACCGCGCAAAUCAGUGAGUGUGCGCUGCAGGAAACAAUAAAGCAGCGUGUGAGAAGAAAGUAUGAUAAACUCAAAAAAACUGAUGAUGCGAAUUACCUCUAGGAGAAGACGAGGAAGGGUUAGAGGUUUGAUUCUUCUUUUAGACUCCGAGUGCUUGUAGGAGUUAAUGCCGAAGACAACUCAAAACGGGAAAACUCUUGCAGUUCAGGUUCAGAGUUUAUGAAACGCCGUUAUUAAGGGAAAAUAUUUUCAAUGUCCGAAAACUGUAUGGUUUCUGGUGUUCAGAGAACGUUUCUGAAACGAGGGACUUAGGAAUCCUGUGAUACAGGUUCCCUUGCGUUAUAUGUAGUAACUGGUACUCAGGAAUCAGCAAAACCCCAAAAUGUUGUUACAUUCAUGAAGUUUUGAGUCAAAUUGUACAAUGGACAGGGAGCUUUUUCUAUUUUGCAGCCUCCUAGUACAACGGUUGCAUGCAUUCCUCCUGCGGAGCGGUAAAUGACUCUAGCGAACAUUUUUGUAAUUAGUUACAACUUCAGCUGACCUAUUGGUUUCUUUUUCACCCGCAUGCCUUCCUCCAGCCUAUGGUUUGUUGACUUUCUUUCUUUGUUGUUUUUAUUGUUUGUUUUCCGAAAUUGUCUCCUCUAAUUGAUUGUGUGUCUCAUUACUGGGCAAUGAUAUAGAAAUGACUGAAACAUUUGUGUUCAUAAUUUGUCGAGAGGAUGAACUGGUGUAUGCAACUGUUUUGUAAGGAUGAUCAUAUGGAGGUUUAUCACGGCAAAAGGAUAAAUGAUGACGUCCUCCACAGAAGGAACAAGUGUUAUUCUUAAGAAAGUAAUGAGACAAUUCCUCAAGAGUUUUAGAUUGGAGAAGAUAUUCAAGAAUAGAUCCGAGUCUUACUCUAACCCAAGGAUAUUUUGAUGAAGGAUAAUAAUGAGAAGAAUCAUAUUAGAAGGAUAGUGUGGUUGGAGGGUACGGAUAAGAAGGUUGAAUAUUUUGUGGUGUAUGAGAGUAAUCUUGAUGAGGAGAAUAAAAUUGAUGAGAAAUGUAGGUAGGAUAUGACGUAUAUGGUGAAUAUUCCAUGGAGGUUUGAGGGUAAGGUGUUCUUCCAAGAAUUGAGAUGAAUGUGUUCAUCUCAUGCCUCUUUAGAAAGUAUUUUUUCCUGAAAAUUUAGCAAAGAAUAAUCCAACGAAAAAAACUAAAUAAAAACUAGAAUGUACCGUUGAAAAUAAAUAACCCUUAAAACCAACACUGUCCCAGCCAACAGUGCCAAAAAUUGAUGUGAAUUUUCUCGCACUUAAAAAGUUAUAGUAAUAUAGGGUUUUAGUACGAGUAUUGUCUCCACAAGGACAGAAAAAGGGGAAUCAGGAAUUAACUAAAUUCAGCUAUUAAAAAAUAAAAUAAAUGCAAUUGUGCGAAAUUUGGAUUUGUGGGACAUCAAAAUGCGAAUAACUGAGUUCUUUCUGAUUAAUGACGAUAGGGAACAAGGAUUGAUUCCAAGGUAAUCAGAUUUCUGGCUGAUCAGGCUUAAUCACAUGAAAAUUAUUUAAUUGAGCAACGUAAUCAAUACUAAAUUUUUACCGCUCUCGCUUCGUACAGUACAAUAAUUUAGAGAACAAAGCUGAUCUCUCAUGUAACAAGUUUCAAACACAAAUUAAAUAAAGAUCAUGCAAUUAAUCCAUCGAGAAAUUAACCCUAGAUCAUAAUUAAUCUCUUCAUCAAUCACAGAUCCCUUAUUAGAACUACUCACAAUUCAUAAUUGAGAAAUCAACAGAAUUGAGAAGAAAAGAAUUAAUUGUAAUUAAUUAAAAAGAUGAAACUUACAAAUAAUUCUAGGGUCUUGAAUAACUACAUGGAAAUCUACUCAAAAUUUCGUCCUAGGCCUCUCCAUAAGCUUUGUAACAAAAACAAAACAAAAAAAGAGUUUACGGGCCGUAUUCAUAGAAAACAGUCAAAUCCGGGCCAAAUCGGGAUUUAUGGGGCGGCAGGCAUGGCGCCCAGACACGGCAUGCGUACGUCUGUGCCUCUAGAGCACAGGUUGCGUAAAACUUCCAGGCACGGCGUGCCUCCCUGGCAGGCACGGCAUGCCUACCCUCCAGUAGCCUUUACGUGUUUUUCUUCUUCUAGCGAGACGUGCCUGACUGCGUGCACGUCUUGCCUAACUAAUCUUCCUAAUUUGACUAUUCUUUCUUUACCAUAGUUGUAGAUAAUGAAGUCUUCUAUCCACCACAACUUUCAACACUGGGUUUGGAUAACCCAAACAAAAAAUAUGAAUAAAAUGGUAGAAUUUCGCAUCCUGAAAUCUCAACAUCUAUAAUUUAGCUUCCUCGUCUGUUCCCACCGUUCUCCUCUCACAUUCUUGUCUUGGUGUAUUCAUAUUAAUUGUAGCCCUCGAAGUUAUCUUUCAUUGGAAACUUAAAUCGUGCCCUUGUAAUCUUUCAACAAAAAGAUAUGCUUAAACGAUUGAUAGAACGUCAUCCUGAUCGCCAUUUUCAAGUUCUAUUCGUCUUUUUUUGAUCUCAUAGUCAAUCCUAGAGCUCUUUUGUCUUCAAAACUUCGUCUUUAACACCUCAUUGACCUCUAAUGCUCGUAAUCAACUCUCAGAUUCGUCUCAACUCUCUCGAUUACUUCUCAAACGCCAGUGCCGGGCUUAAUUCCCUGAUUCUUGACUCUAAAAACACCAAAACCCGGUAAACAGUGACUUGAACUAAUUAAACGCUUUGUAAUUCUAAUAAAUUAGGAAAAGUGACAAAAAUUAAUCUCAACACGCAUGAAAUGCGUGUUGAAAUACGAACAUAUCAGUAAACAUUAUAAAAAGAUUUUGAUUGUUGAGGAUUAGGAUGUUUUAACUUGGACAUAAAUUUUCUGGUCUGGCCUUAAUUGUCUGUUCUAGUCUGGUAAAUUUUUGGUCUCUAUGUAUUUUAUAUAAAGGCUCCAAAGGCUCAACACAGUCCUUUGGGCUUCAUCGGAAUUUCUUGGUUAGGUGAUUAUUUAAGUGAGUGUUUAGGGCAACAAGAAUUAAAGAAUGGCAAGCAAAUAAAAUCAAGUGGAUCCAGUUCUACUCAAAUCAAUAGAACGAUUACAAUACUUAUUUCGAAUGGCGUUCCGACCCCCUAUGCUAAGCCGAAAUCUAUUGAGAAAAUUAGAGAGAAGUUUAUUGCUUGAGAAUGCUAAGUUGCAAAUCCUUUACAAUGAAAUAAAUUUAUUAUUUAUACUACAAGUAGGUGGAGGGGGUGACGUGGCCAAUCCUGAGUGGAUAGACCCCAACCAUAAAAUCUUCCAUAUAUACCUGAUGCAUUAAAUGCGCUUCCCGCUAAUUCUAAGGUUUCUUGCCAAUUGUUUGGGGGAGUUCUUACUUGGACAAUACUUGGAUCGAGUAGGGAGUUCAAGUGAGGAAAUAUGGCCACUCGGCCAUGCUCGUGUGGGUCGCCCAUAGGACUACAUUAGAGAUGGAUGUCUGUGGGCCGGGCCGUUAAGGGUAUUUGGGCUUGUAUUGGACCAGGGCCUAAUGUCCUAACACAAGUCCCCCACUUCUUAUGUUCCGAGCAAGCUUGAGACAUAAGUAAAAACAAAAUAUGUGGUGUCAUUCGGCCUCGUGUCACAUAAGGUUUUUAUGGUGUUGCUGCUCUUGCUCAAAUGAGUGUUUAUCCUCGUAAACAAGCAAAGAGUAAGGGAUCUGGUAAGCAGAUUAAAGGAGCAAACUAGCAAAGGAGGUUUUGAUUAAACAAAGAAGAUUGAGUAGUUCUUAUUGAUGUUUACUACUGUUUUUAAACAAAGUUGUUACUUGUUCGUUCCAGUUUGGUAACUAUAUUAUAUUAUAGCAAUUUUAUUAUUACCUCUAUACAAUCAUUAUGUGCCUUAAGUAUAUACUUUUGUGUAGUAAUCCAUUUGUAACCCUACUGCACUAAAUUCAUUUUGCAUGGCUCAAUAUUGAUUUGCCUGGCUCAAUAAGAAUUUUGAAGUACCUAAUUUCUAAAACAUAAACAACACAUAUCUAUACAUGAUGUGUCUCGCGUUUAAAAUAUUUGUAGCCGUGUAGAGUAAAAAUAUGUUUAUCGUCUCUACAGGAACGGAAAAAUGAAAUUAAAUGUCAAAUUUAUUUCAUCAUUUGAAUUUAACGAUUAAAUGCGAAUGUGCGAGAACACGUCAUAAGGUGUUCGCGAUGCGUGGAUUUGACAGUUUUCCGGCUGACGGUUGAUUUCUCUAGGUAUCAGUCAUGAUGGCUUGACCUUCCCUCUCCGUGUGACAUGUGUCCUAUGAGACGCUCCCUGGUACAUUGAAACAAAGUAUUAUUUUAGCCAAAUACAAACAGUUACAUACUUUCUGGAAACAGAAAGCACGUAUUAAAUGGCUUAAAGAAGGAGAUGCUAACACAGAGUAUUUUCACUCUUAUGUGAAGGUUAGAAGGAAAAUGCAAUUUAUUUCUCAGAUUGAAGACUUAUCUGGUGUUGAGCUCUUUGAUCAGGAGGCUAUAGGCAAAGCUGUUGUUGAAUUUUUCUCUCAAUUAUUCCAAGAAGACAACAAUCUGCAUGCUGUCUCUGAUUCUGGAAUCCUACAACACAUCACACAGAUUGUUACACAGGAGGAUAAUGAUGCCCUUUUAAGAAUCCCAUCAAAGGAAGAAGUGAAGCAGUCUGGGGGUUAAAUAAAAAUAGUGCUCCAGGUCCUGAUGGUUUCAAUGGACAAUUUUUUAGAAAAUGUUGGGAUAUUGUUGGUAAUGAUGUGCUAUUGGCUGUUCAAGAUUUUUUCUUAGGGCAAGUUAUACCACAAACUAUGGGCAGUUCAUUGAUUGUUCUUAUUCCUAAGGUGGAUAGGCCUAAAUCUUUUACGAAUUUUAGGCCUAUAUGCUUGGCCACUUUUAUUAGCAAGGUGUGGACUAGGGUCCUUUAGGCCUAUAUGCUUGUCCACUUUUAUUAGCAAGGUGUGUACUAGGGUCCUAGCUUCAAGACUUACUGACAUGCUUCCAAAAAUCAUAUCAGAGGAACAAGCUGGAUUCAUGAAACACAAGGAAAUUUCAGAUCAUAUCCUACUUAUUGCUCAAGAGAUGGUGCAUGCUCUUUAUAAAAAAGUGAGAGGGGGCAAUUUAGUUAUCAAAUUGGAUAUGACGAAAGCCUUUGACAGAGUUUCAUGGCCUUUUCUAAAGCAGGUUUUGGAAAGAUUUGGUUUUAGCAGUCAUUUUAUAUUCAUUAUUAUAAAUUUCCUUCAAAGUACUCACUUAUCUGUACUAGUAAAUGGUAGACCCCAUGGUUUUUUUAAACCUUUGCGAGGAGUGAAGCAAGGGGAUCCCCUUUCUCCUCUGUUAUUCAUUAUAGCAUCAGAAGUAUUUACAAGAGGGCUAAAAUCUGCUGUUAAUGAAGGAUAUAUUAAGCCUUAUUGGAUGGGAUGUUCUGGCUACCCUAUCACUCAUUUGGGAUUCGCCGAUGACCUGCUGAUAUUUAUUAAUGGUGAAGCUAGAUCUAUUUUGGCUUUUAAAAGGUUUUUGGAUUCUUAUCAAAAUGUGUCAGGCCAAGCAGUUAACUUCAGCAAAAGUACAUUUGUUUCUGGAAAUAUACCUGCCAGACGCAUUUCCAAUAUUGAAAACCUACUGGGGAUGACAAAGACAUCUCUUCCAUUGAAAUACCUGGGCUCCUAUUUACACAAAGGGGAAGAUGCAAAUGGUAAUCUUCUGUGGCUUCCUGAAAAGGAGGGCCAUUUCUCCCUCAAUUCUGCUUUUCAUGAGGUUCGAUGGAGGAGAUCAGCAACCUUUACUGCUAAGCAAAUCUGGGACAGAAACCAAGCGAACCAGAUUAAGAUUUUUCAAUGGAAAUUGAUAAACAAAAUGCUCCCGAUUUCUGAUAAUCUUAUAAGGUUUAAUGCUCUAAUAUAUCCAUCAAUUUGCCCAAUUUGCAAACAGAACUCAGAUUAAGUUGAUCAUAUUUUCUACCUAUGUCCUGUGGUGGCAGAUGUUUGGAAAUGUUUUAUGACCUUAUUUGAUAUCUCUCCGCCUAGGGGACAGAUUACUAUCAGACAGGUUCUAUUCGCUUGGUGGAUGGAAGCAGAUAAGAAUUCACUGUUUGGAAUCUUUAAGCAGAACAUGCCAGGAAUUAUAUCUCGGCAUUUAUGGAAAGCAUAUUCACCUAUGAAUUGGGGAAAGCUUCCUACGGCCCCAUCUACGGCAGAGAUGAUAUUUCAGAUUGAGAUUCACCCAAGACUGGUCAGGUAGCAUUAAAGGAUUAAAGAGUAACAGUGGGUUUGAAAUCUUAAUCUCAGAAAACAUGAUUUCAUCUGAUUUCAAGAAGAUUAAAAGGAAGUUUAUUUUGGUGAGAUGGAUGAAACCAGUAAAUCAAAUUAAAUUGAAUGUAGAUGCAUCUUACACUCAUGGGAAAUCCACCGGCGGUGCUUUGAUUCGAGAUUCACAGGGAACUAGGGAAGAAUCAGGAGCGAAUCCAACGUGGGGCAGGGGGCAGCUGCCCCACCCAACCCCACCCAACCCCUAUAUAUAUACAGAAUAUCAAAUAAAAAAUAGUGUAUACUAGUGUAACACCCGGUAUAAUAUCAUGUUAAUACAAAUUAAAGUGAUAAUUUAUCAAUAGAUUGAGACUAUAAAUUAUUUACAUACCUUGUUAAUAGAAUUUG